AUGGGCGGCCGCAGCCGCCGGGGAAGGAAGGGGCCAUGGCACGGCCACGAAGCGGCCAGGCAGGGGCAACGAAGACGGCGAGCGGCGCGUGCUGGGCGUCGACCCGACCUGUGUGGGCGAGGCGCCCGGGCGGUGGCUGCUACGACCGACGACGGGCAGGGCUGGCGGGGGCGGACGGCGCCGAGCAGUAGUGGGGCCACCGCGGGAUGGAAACGGGGCGGCGGUGCGAGGAGUAGACGAGCGCAGGUGAAGGUGGCCGCGGACGACUGUGGCGGGGCGGCGGGGCUCGCGCAGGCGCAGGGGUGGCGCAAGCCGACGGGCGCGCACGGCGGGGCGACCGGUGGGGUGCAUCCGCCGCCGCCGGAACCACGUCGCCAUGCCCCACCGUCGUCGCCGUUGCCUCCUCAUCCCCGCCGUCUAGCUCCGUGGCCGGAUCGACCAAGGCCGCCCCGACACCGCGCCUCGACCCCGUCGCCGCUCGACACCGACCGCCGCCCGACGCUACCUCGCCGCAGCCCAGAGCUCCUUCGCCUCGUCCGUCGCCCCGUCCUCGUCUCCCCAUUGACGGCUCCACCGAGCCACGCCUACCCCCUGCCCGCCAACGCCGGUGAGGGCCUCGCCCUCCCCUCUCCCACAGUCCCGCACGCGCCCCGGCACUGUCAUUCGCCGUGCCAACACGUGCUCGCCGCGCCUUCGACCGCGCCCAGCGACCCUCGUCCCGUGCGGCUCUCUGGACCUCGCCGCACAUGCUCCCUGCGAGCCCCCGCCCGCGGCACUGCACCCCCAUCGUGCGCGCCAGCAACCGCCCGCGCAUGGUCGUGCCUGCCCGACCGCGCUCCGCGCCGCACCGACCUCGUAUGGGGCUCCCCUGCUCGCGGUUGUUUGCACCUCGCCGUGCCGAACCCCCUCCCCCCACGGUGGCCUGGCCGCGCCCGCGCCAUGGCGCUGCUUGGCCGCCCCGCUGCCUGCUGCGGUGCUGCUGCCUCCGCCCGUUUCCGGUGGCCGCUACCUCCCUGUCCGCCCCUGCCUUGCUCCCUCCCCGUGAGCGCGGCUCGCGCGCCCACCCAUGGCCUCGUCAGGGUACCGUGCCCCUUCCCCGCGUGCCCAGCCGUGGCGCUGGCCGACCUGUGCCACUGA